GCGCCUCUCCUUUGUAGUCCGGGCCGUGAGGAGCAGUCGGUGGCCGAGCUCCGCGCUUGCUCGCCAUGUCGCUGCUGAUGCGCGGGGUUUGCGCCGCGGGCGCCCGGGGCAUGUCGCUGGGCGCCGGGCCGCGCUGCUGCUGCAGGAGGAGCUUCUGGGCAGGCGGCUGCGUGGCGCCGCCGGGAGCUUCCCGCUGGGCUGAGAGACUCGGCUGGGGCGCGGCGGCGGCGGCGGCGGUGCUGGCCGGGCUGGGGCUGGCCCGGCGGGCCGAGAUGGAGCAGCAGCGGCGGGGGCAGCUGGCCGGUGGCGGCGGCCGGGAGGCGGAGGGCGCCGACGAGCUGGCGCUGCGCUGCGAGCGCUUCAUGGCGCCGCCGGUGAGCGGGCUGGGCGAGCUGCGCGACCGCCGCGGGGCCAUGCGGAGCCGCAUGGAGCUGCUCAUCAUGGAGACGCAGAGCCAGGUGUGCAGCGCCCUGGCCCAGGUCGACCGCGGCGCCCAGUUCACCGUGGACCGCUGGGAGAGGAAGGAAGGUGGGGGAGGCAUCAGCUGCGUACUACAGAAUGGAGAAGUCUUUGAGAAGGCCGGAGUUAAUGUAUCUGUUGUUUUUGGACACCUUUCUGAAGAAGCAGCUCAGCAGAUGAGAAGCAGAGGGAAAACCCUGAAAGGCAAAAGUGGAAAACUGCCUUUUUGUGCUAUGGGAGUCAGCUCUGUUAUUCAUCCAAAGAACCCUCAUGUCCCCACCAUACACUUCAACUACAGAUACUUUGAAAUUGAGGAGGCCGAUGGUACGACACAGUGGUGGUUUGGUGGUGGAACAGACCUCACUCCAACUUACUUGGACAAAGAUGACGCCGUUCAUUUCCACAAAACUCUGAAGGAAGCCUGUGAUCGGCAUAAUCCAGAGCUGUACCCCAAGUUUAAGAAAUGGUGUGAUGAUUAUUUUUAUAUCAAGCACCGAGGAGAACGACGAGGGAUUGGAGGCAUAUUUUUUGAUGACCUGGACUCGCCUUCAAAAGAAGAGGUCUUUCAGUUUGUGCAGAGUUGUGCCAAAGCCAUUGUGCCUUGCUAUGUUCCCAUUGUGAAGAAGCACUGCCAUGACACCUUCUCACCAGAGGAAAAAUUGUGGCAGCAGAUCCGCAGAGGGAGGUAUGUGGAAUUCAAUCUUGUUUAUGACAGAGGUACUAAGUUUGGACUUGCAACACCAGGAUCUAGGAUCGAAAGCAUUCUUAUGUCUUUGCCACUCACUGCCAGGUGGGAAUACAUGCAUUCUCCUCCAGAGAAUUCCAGGGAAGCUGAAAUCCUAGAAGUUUUGCGCCAUCCAAAAGACUGGGUGCCCUGACAAGCUGCUUCGGCUGCCCUCAGCCAGCCAUGAAGAAAGGACACAAACUCCUGCCUGCUUGCUCAUCAAACUGCCAUUGUGUGGCAGUUAGUUUUUUAUCUACUUAUUCUCUUAUCAUGUGCCUUAGAAAUAGUGUUUCAAUUUCGUUAUGUGUAAAUAUCCAUUUUAAAAGCCACAAGCUGCUCCGUUAGCAGUUUCUUGGCGGGAGGAUCACUUGACCAUUUGUACCGGUAUGAUACACUGCUGAAAAUGCAACAGGCUUGGUGCAGAGGCAGCCCAACAAGGUGAAAUGCGCUCAAAAUGUGGUCAGCACACACUGCCCUAAAACUCUGCACCAGCUCCUAAGGUUUAGGCCCAAAGCGGUUUUUCCAGGAACCUCCUUUGAUUUACCCUCCUGAUUGACAUGAUUCUGUUAUAGGCUAUCUUAGCCCAUUUCAGCAGUUAAGAGUUGCUUUCUCUUUAAAUCCACUUUGUGUCCUAUGGGGUCAUGUAUUUUAAAGCUUGUCCUUUUGAUCUGCAAUAAUUUCUCAAAUGAAUAAUAUGAUGGGGAAUGUUUUGCAAUGAGAACAAUGUAAAAGAAAUUUGGACAGUGGUUUCCUGUCACUAGAUCACCAGUUGAGGUUCCUGUAAUAUGCGUUCACAAACAGUACUGCAUAAAUUACCUUAUAUAAAGUACAGUGCAUUAUGUUUGGGAAAGGGCCGUAGCUCACUAGUGAAGCGGAUCCUUUGCAUCCAGAAGUUCAAUCCCUGGUUUCUCCUGUAGGGAAGAGGGAAUCCUUUUGUGUGUGCAACUCUGGAGACUAGCCUCUGUCAGUCAUUGUCAUACAAUACUGAGUUAGAUCGACCAAGGGCUGAUAUUGUAUUGGGCAGCUUCCUAUGUUCCUACAUAUUUGAACAUGUGCAAGUUAUUUGAACAUUUGUCCAGCAGAUGCACAGAGUAAGUAACAUUUCUCACUUGCUGGAUGAAUUUUUUUCAGCCUUUGCCCUCAAGAAGCCUUCACCUAGUCCAAGGGAGGCGUUUCUACAGGCCCAGAAGCAUGGCUAAGAGCAUCCGAAUAGGGUUGGGCAGUGACAGCUUGGACCAAUUUUAGAAGUUGUGCACUCUUUGUGUUUCCCACAUUUGUAAAUAAAAUGAAAAAGCUGCAUGGAAUAGAA